GUGUCCGGUCGAGAGAGCAGGGACCAGAGGGCGUAGGGGAGAGGAGAGAGCUCAGGGGGUGGACAGUGGGUACUGUGCUUUACCGAUCGACUGAACUUGUCAGGGGGCGUUUGGAGAUCAAACAGCGAAAACAACGAAAUAACAUCUCUCCUGUUUUCAAAUACCCGACAAUUGUCGGACGGACACAUUUAUCUCUGUCGAACUCUCUAUGGCGCUUCCGGACGCCGCUUCAACAUUGAGUAGUUUAGGUACUGGCAAUGUGCAUUAAUCUCAAGUGAAUGCAUUAUUUUCCUGCUAUGUGUAGUUUCACACUGUUGUGAAUGUGACAAUGCAGUAUUUGCCGUGGAAUUUCUUUCGGAUGAGCUACGGUGAAGAGGCAGAAACACGCCUAUUAUAGAGGGCAAUCACCGCGCCAAACCAACAGAAACAACGUCCAGAAUUUGGUCAGAGAACAUUUUCCAUCUGCUCACCUGCUGAUUUGGUUUACCUACAAUAACAAUGGGGGAGCAGCCGAUCUACAGCACGCGGGCCCAUGCGUUCCAGAUUGACCCCAACACCAAGAAGAACUGGGUGCCCACCAGUAAACACGCUGUCGCCGUGUCCUACUUCUAUGACAGCACCCGCAACGUUUACCGCAUCAUCAGCCUCGACGGCACCAAGGCGAUAAUCAACAGCACCAUCAGCCCCAACAUGACCUUCACCAAGACGUCUCAGAAGUUUGGACAGUGGGCCGACAGCAGAGCUAACACUGUUUAUGGCUUGGGCUUCUCUACUGAACACCACCUGACCAAGUUUGCAGAUAAGUUUGCAGAGUAUAAGGAGGCAGCUCGUCAGGCCAAGGGAAAAAGUCAAGAUGGAAAGAUGGAACUAGCCACCUCUCCCUCUCAGGAGUCGCCAGCAGGUGAACUCUCUUCACCUUUGACUCCUGUGACUCCUCCCGCCAUGGACAACAUCAACGGGACAGAUGACCCCUGUGACAUCACACCCGAGCCCCGUCCUGAACCGUCUCAGAACGCACUGGCCUUCACACACAGCCCCUCCAUCAAUAAGCACUGGGAGGCAGAGCUAUCAGCUCUAAAGGGGAACAAUGCUAAGCUAACAGCCGCUCUGCUGGAGUCCACAGCUAACGUCAAACAGUGGAAACAACAACUGGCCGCCUACCAGGAGGAGGCCGAGAGACUACACAAACGGGUGACUGAGCUAGAGUGCCAGAGCACCCAGACCACUGUGAUCAAAUCCCAGAAGACGGAGCUAAACCAGACCAUUGAGGACCUGGAAAGCACUCUGAAGGAUAAAGAAGAGGAAAUGGAGCGGUUGAAAGAGGAAGUGGAGAACGCUAACGAGCUGCUAGAGCAGAGACACUCCUUAACACAGAAACUACAGGAGACGGAGUUGCAUUGGCGAGUGUUAGAGGAGCAGCUCCUGGGAGCUGAGCAGCGAUUGGAAGAAAGUCAGGAAGAGCAGGAGAACUUCAGGAAGAACCUAAGGACCCUACUGGAGAUGCUGGAUGGGAAGAUAUUUGAGCUGACAGAGCUCAGGGACAGCUUGGCCAAGCUCAUAGAGGGCAGCUAGAUAAUCACACACCACCUCCCACUGGCCAACACACUGAAUUACACAGAUACACUGACCCCUACUGGCAGAGUCAGAGAACUACACACACAGAUACACCACAGGAUUGACAUGACUCAUAGAGGUCCUAUAGAGCUCACUGGCUCACAGUGCCCCUUAAUGUUAUACAUACAGAACAGCACUCUCGCAGGUUAGUGCCCCCUUCUACCAGAGCCAUAGAACAAUAAUAUACACUGCUGCCAGACCCACACAACAACAUAACCCAGUGCUGAUGACAUAGAACAGCACCCCUUAUUGGCUCCUAGGUGUAUUGUAUCUGCACCCUCUCCUUCCAAAAUAACCUCCUGCAGCUGUUGCCACACUGCCCUCAGCUGUUGAACACACAGAACAGGUGCCCCAUGCUGACUCUCUGAACAUAUGUCUGAGCAACGACAUCCUUUGCAGACUGACAGAACAGCAACCCUUGCUGGUAGACUCACAGAAAUACAGCUUUACAGUUAAUUCAUAUACAGUAUUCAGUAUCUGGCCCAUGCAGAAAUAAAACCCACAAAUCUAGUGUUGCCAGCACCAUAUUACAGCACGCUGAGCUAUUGAAAACCACAGAACGACAGGAAAGCCCUAAAUCAACCACUGAAACCCACAGAGCAGGAGCAGGAGUCAUGUCCAACACACAACCACACACCUUGGCCUAGGAUUUACAAAGGCUGCUGUAAAUUGGAGUACUGUUUACAUUGAUAUUCAAGUCUUCAUGAGUAUGACUGAACCUUUCGCAAUAUGAAAACAAUAUAGUAUACUAUCACAAGAGAAUCUUCCAGAAGCAUUGGUCAUGCUUUAUUUAGAACUCCAGGUAUCCUAGCGGUUAAGAGCAUUAGGCUAGUAACCGAAAGGUCAUUGGUUAGAAUCCCUGAGCCGGCAAGGUGGAAAUAUCUGCUGUUCUGUCCUUGAGCAAGGCAGUUAAGCCCCAACAACAACUGCUCCCUGGGCGCAGAUGAUGCCAAUGAAGGCAGCCCCACCACCUCUCUGUUUCAGAGGUUGGGAUACUGACUCUUGACUGGGACAUUUCUUUAUGGUUUAUUCCUCACUUCUUAUUCCACCAGCCCAACUGGUUUAUUUCUCACUUCUUAUUCCACCAGCGCAACCCCAGAGACCUGGGGAAUGUUCCCUCUAAACUGCACGCACUUCCUCCAGGACUGCAGCGCAGAAGAAAUGCCAUGCUGUGCUCAGAGAUGCAAGAGAUUGAAAUUCACUGAGUUCGCCCUAUAUAGAUCAACGUCGAAUCAACAUUAUAUCAGGCCCUUUUCAAUGCAACAAACCAAAACACAUCAUACUCUGCAAGAUUGAGUCUGUGAUUGUGUUGUAGGCAAGGCCAGUGCACAACGGAGUAGAAUUAUAUUGUCGGGGGUAGCCUACAAGCGGUAUUUCAAUCACUCUUUUCAGAUGAUUUCAGAUCAGAGUGCAGAGCCGUGCAAGUGCAUAUUUGUUGAUAUUCUUUGCUAGUUAGUUAGUUAUUAGACCAGUUAUAGAUAAGUAUAGGUCAGCAAUGGGGAGUUACUGCUUCCUACAAGAGCACAAACCUUGUAGGUUACAUUUCAAGCACUUGUUGAAAAGCCAGUCAGGUAAAAAGCUUUUGUCUUAAUUAAAGGGGCAAUGUAUUUUGAGUCAGGCUUGAUAAGCCAAUAGACAGAGGGGUAGCCUAUAUUGUCUAAUUCUCUGUAUGGUAAUAAUUAAUCAUUUUAUUUUGUGAAAUGGUUUCUUCCAUCAUACAACACAAUGCAAUCACCUUUUUGGCCCAUGGUGUUACAGACCAAGUAA